AUGGCUAAUUCUCGGUUUGAGUAUGUCAAACAAUAUGAGCGAAUGGAUAGAUUAUUACCUGAAACAUAUAUUGUGAUUCGAAUUGACGGCAAAGGAUUUCACAAAUUCACUAAAAAACAUGAAUUUGAAAAACCGAACGAUCUUAGGUGCUUGAGUUUAAUGAACGCAGCAGCUAAAGUAGUAAUGUCAGAAUUUACAGACAUUGUAUUGGCAUAUGGGGACAGUGAUGAGUACAGUUUUAUAUGGUCGAAAAGUACUGAACUAUAUGAACGAAGAGAAAGCAAAUUGGUCUCCCAUGUGUGCUCCUUGUUUACGUCUGCAUUCGUUUUCAAUUGGACUCGAUAUUUUGAUAUUCCACUCUUGUCUCUUCCAUCAUUUGACGGCCGUGCUGUUUUGUACCCCAGCAUUUUUGUUUUACGGGAUUAUCUGAAUUGGAGACAGGCAGACUGUCAUAUAAAUAAUUUGUACAACACUACGUUUUGGGCUUUAAUACAAAAAGGAGGAUUAACAAAUACAAAGGCAGAAGAAUACUUAAAGGGUACCGUCAGUUCUCAAAAACAUGAAAUUCUCUUUUCCCAGUUUCAUAUAAAUUAUAAUAACGAACUUGAAAUUUAUAAAAAGGGUUCAAUCUGGGUACGGGAGCUUGAAGAAAAUGAAUCAGCUCCUUCUAAACACCAAAAGUACUCUACGAAACAAAAACGAAAAAUGGGUCUACGAUUGCUUCAUGUAAGCAUUAUUGACAAUGAGUUUUGGAAUACUCGGCCCUACCUCAGCAUAUUGCUUAACUAA